AUGUCCGAUAAAUACGAUUCGCUUUUGGAAAAAGUCCGCAACCUAGAAGAGCAAAACAGUGCUUACUACAAGCGUAUUCAAGAAUUAGAAGAGAAAUUCGAGCGUGAAACCCAUGCUACGAAAAUUGAAUUACGCAACGUCCCAAAGGAAACUCAUGAAACCAAGGAUGAUUUAUUAAAUAUUCUGAAAAAGACAGGUGGAGUCCUGGGUUCAACACUUCAACAGUCGGACGUGAAAAAUAUAUAUAGAAUUAAUACUAAAAACGAGGGAAAUAAGCCAAUUAUAGCAGACUUUACAAGCUGCCUUACGAAGGAUAAAUUUAUCUCAAACCUUAAAAAAUACAACAAAACUCAUGCCAACAAUAAGCUGAAUACAAAAGAUAUUUCAAUGGACGGACCGGCAAAACCUAUUUACAUCUCGGACAACUUACCACAAAAAACGAGGCAGCUGUUUGCAGCUGGGAGAGAUUUUGCGAAGAAAAAUAAUUACGUCUUCUGUUGGACCUCAGUUGGAAGAGUAUACUUAAAGAAAUCUGAGCAAUCCAAGCCUAUCCUGAUCAAGUGUCACGAAGACCUUAAUAAGAUGUCUACCGAAUGA